AUGAGUGCAGUAAGUAAAAAAGGACCUUUGUAUGAUCCGGGCUUAUGCCGAUGUUGCGGAGCUUCAAAGAAAUGUCGGCUAUUGAAUCAGGAAUAUGACUGGAUGGGCAAGAAAGAAAUUUACUCAGACAUGUUUAUGGACUGUUUUGGAUUAUUGCUGUCAAAUCUAGAUGGAGAACCCCUCGAAAGGUUGAUUUGCGCUACAUGCGUAUCGCGACUGCGCGAAGCAACCACUUUCAGGCAGCAGGUGCUUCGUUGCGAGGAACGAUUCCUGCAAGCCCGGAUACUGAUGCAUGAAGAAGAUGCCGACACUGAUAGUAAAGUGAAAGUGAAGGAUAUAAAAUUGGAAGUGAAUGCUGAAGGAGAUGAUAAUGAUACAGGGAUGGACUAUGGAGAUGAUGAUCCUUCGGAGAACUACAGCCCAAUAACACCAGUGAAACCAAAGAAGAGUACCAAGCUAAAAAGGAAAUCGUUGAAAACACGGAGACUCAGGAAAACUACCAAAGCGAAGAAAUCAAAGAAAGAGGACAGUGAUAAUGAGAAAGAGAGAGAAGAGAUGCUGGAAAGCUUGGCCAAGAUGAGUGAGAGACUGCAGUCUUUACGGGAACAAGAUACAGUGAAAGAACCAGUGAAACCAACAUUAGACAAAGACGACAAAGCCAUGUUUAAUACCGGAGUUAUAGUUGAGAAUUCCUACGUGUGUCCAUUCGAUAAUUCCUUUAGCGACUACCAAUGUGCUUAUUGCAGAGAACUCUUCACCGACCCAUGCAAACUUAGAGAACAUAACUUAACUCAUGACCCUACGCAAUUCAGAGAGGUAGCUUUAACUAAAAAGCUAGUUUUAAUCGAUAUAUCGAGAAUCGAUUGUCGAUUAUGCCCGAACAGAAUCGAUGAUUUGGCUGCGUUCAAGGAACACAUAACUUUGUCACACGGCAAGCAAUUGUACGGAGACGUGAAAGAUGAUUUCUUGAAGUUUCGUCUAACUCUGAAUACGUUGAGGUGUCUGGAGUGUGAUAGCAGUUUCAGCUUUUUUCAUGCGCUGAAGAAACAUAUGGCUGAACAUUUCGGCACUUGUAUUUGUGAUGUUUGCGGAGCGCAUUAUUUCGAGGAGAGAAUGCUGAAUUUACACCAAAGGUGCCACCAGAAGAUCGACGAAAACUUCCCGUGCAAAGAGUGCGGUAAGAAUUUCAAAUCGAAAUACAGCAGGCGUUUGCACAUCGCUAAGACUCAUAACAAAGAAGCUUCCUACGAAUGCUAUAAAUGCGGCCAAUAUUUCUUGUCUUACUCCAUAAGGUACAGACACAUGAUAGACGUUCAUGGUGAGAACAGAUUGUUCCAAUGCGAAAACUGCGAUCGGGUUUACGACAGCAGGAAAUCUUUAAGGGAACACAACAGAAGAUUGCAUUUGAAGAUAUUCAAACACCAAUGCGAUCUGUGCGAGAAGCGCUUCUAUUUGCCUUCGCGUUUGAAAGAACAUAUGGCGGUUCAUACGGGCGAAAGGAAUUUCAGAUGCGAAUAUUGUGGGAAGAGUUAUCCUAGAUUAAGAGGGCUUAAGGUCCACAUGCAAUCUCAUAUGAGUGUUGAGAAGAAAUAUAAGUGUAUGAUUUGCAAUGCGGCUUUCACUCAAAACGUGAAUUUGAAGUAUCAUUUGAAACGGCAACAUCAGAAUUUGGACGUUGAUGAACCGUACCAAUAG